AAAGAAACUAUAAUAAACGAAUUCUGCUAUUAGCAUUAUCUCUCUCCACUUGAUUUAUUAAAAGUGUACGAGAGAGGAGGGAGAGAGAGGGGUUGCCGUUGAAAGCUAGGCUGACAAAAAUUUUCACAUUCCCUUUCUUUCUCUCUUCCUCUGCAGCUACCUUCCUUCUCCCUCCUGCCCCUUCUCUCUCUGCAUACAUACAUACACAUGUAUGUAUCUAUCUGAAGGGUGGGUCUAAAAUCUUGAAUUUUUUGUAAUCUUGUUGAAUCGAGAGAGAGAUAUAUAGAGAGAGAGACAGAGAGAUAUGUUGUGCAGAAUGAUGCCUCGAAAAAGCAAAACUGGGAAAGUACCUGUGUAUUUGAAUGUGUAUGAUCUUACCUCUAUGAAUGGCUAUGCUUACUGGCUUGGUUUAGGUGUUUAUCACUCUGGUGUUCAAGUUCAUGGACAAGAGUAUGCAUUUGGUGCUCAUGAACAUUCAACAACCGGUAUAUUCGAAGUCGAACCAAAGAAAUGCCCUGGUUUCACAUUUAGAAAAUCGAUUUUGAUUGGAAGAACAGAUAUGGGUCAAAAGGAAGUACGCGCAUUCAUGGAAAAAUUAGCAGAAGAGUAUUCUGGUAACACCUAUAAUCUCAUCACAAAGAAUUGUAAUCACUUCUGUAAUGAUGCAUGCCUGAAGUUGAUUGGCAAGCCUAUCCCUAGCUGGGUUAAUCGACUUGCAAGACUCGGUUUACUCUGUAAUUGUGUCCUACCUGCGGGUUUGAAUGAGACUAAAGUCCGGCACGUCAGAGCAGAAGAGGUGGCUUGUGACAAGAAGAAACUAAGAAGCCAUUCUAGUAGGUAUCCAACUUCUUCUAAUUCACCCCCAUCUAUAUCAUCUCGGCCUUCAGGGUACUCAACCAGAGGUGGUAGACAGAGAAGUCGUCUUGCUAGUUCAUCAUUGAAUGUUUCUACUGUUUCCUCGACCGUGAAAGUUUAGCUGCAUAGACUAUAUAGAAUUCAGGGAGAAGUCGUGAAGGUAAAGCCAAGAAAUUUAAAAUCAUCAAACCAGACUUUACUGUCUCAAGUGGAAGUAGUAGAUGCAAGAGAAGUGUGGUUGUAAUACUUUGUUUUUCUCCUUAAAGUAUUUCGUUUUGGUUUCAAAGUAUUCACUUCAGUUAACAAAUUUUUUCCUGAAUCUAUAUACUCAGUUACUCACAA